AUGGCGGUUGAUACGGUGCUAGUGCAGCAGGUCGACUUCUUAGAGACGAUUUUAGAGGAAACGUCUGACGAUCUGCAAAGUGAUUCGGAUCGCAGCGGUACUACAUAUUGGGUCGGUUCGGAUUCUGAAACCGAGAGUGUGAUACAUAUUCGGGCAAAGCUGAAAUUAACGGACGAAAGGCUGGAUGGCAGUGGCAGCGACUGCAACUCCGUCGUGCCGAAGAAGAGACGUCGCCGAAACAAUGGUACAAGCGAUCGUGAUCACCAGGUGCCUUUCGAAGACUAUCCAGCUUCGCCCAGGUCCUCGAGGUCAUCUGCUUCCUCGAGAUCGAGCUCCUUAUUACAAUUCGAGUCUUUGGAGAGGACUUGCGCCACCCUGUCGCCUUCCAGCUACAGUUUCGACUCGUUGGAGUAUUCGAACCGAUCGAACAUUUCUCACCUAGAGAACACGUCUCCGGACAGUCUUGAGCAAGACUAUGAUAAGCUUGUGCCGAACGAUUUCCCAAAUGUGGAUCACUUCUCGAGGAUUAGGCCAUAUCGUAGUUUCGAGAGCUUGGACACCUGUCAGAAGAACGACGAGUUUGGGCCCAGCAGGCUGACCAAUGGAUUUGCACCUUUGUACCUGAAACGUAACUCGGACCUGUCGAGGAUACGAAGGAACGGACAUCGUCCAAGUCGAGAUUUCUGGCACGAAGACGAAGAGUACGAGGACGACGAAGACGAAGAAGACCUCGACGAGGAGGAAGAAGACCUCGACGAGGAGGAAGAUCGACUGGUGAAGGACAAUCGCGCGGGCUCGGAGAUCGAGGAUCGAUUGAUGGUAUUUGGCGACCAGACAUGCAACUACGCAGCGUCCGUGGACUACAGAAACACGAUUGAUUUGCGAGAGAUCGGCGUUGAGUCGAAAAGGGACGCGCUGUUGGAUCUGAAGUCUGGCCAGGCGGCCGUCUCGAGUUCGUUUCGUCUGCUGCAGACCAAGUUAAAUAUAGCCGGUAGUAUGGUGCGCGGUCGCAACAACACGGUUGCCGAUCAUCAUCAUCACCAUCACCAUCAUCAACAGCCGCAACAGCAGCAGCAGCAGCAGCAGCAGUAUUACGAGUACGAACACCACGAGCCGCGGCAGCACCAGCACCACCAGCGUCAAGGGUGGAGCAAGGAGGAGUGCUUUAAUUUUAGAUUCACGGAUAAAUCUCAAAGCGCGCCCAGUCUGCCUAGCAGGAUCGACGACUUCGCACACGAUCCACGGUCGUUGGCGGCGCGCACUUCCUCAAGGGCAACGUCUUUUGUUUCGACAUCGAAUCUAUUCGAGAAUUACACCCGAGUGGCCAGCGUGCCAGUCGAUCUGAAUCUCUGCGGUUUCUCCACGGCGUACGAUGAUCUCGAGUAUCUUGAAGUGAGCCCACACGAUCACGAAAUGGCGGAAAUAAGGAAGGCGCACGAGAAUAAACGGGUGGAAAACGUCGAGGCGAUCCGACGGAACGGGAACGAGGAGGAUACCGAGCAACAGAUGAUGGACGCCCCGAUGAGCUCGGUAAGAACGCAGGCAUCUCAGAGCGUGUUGGUCGACGGUAAGAUGAACCGCGAGAAGAUCGAAGGAAACGCGGGGGACGCGGAGCAGUGUCUGGGCGAUCACUGCUCGAAGCCGCGCGAGAAGAAGCCAGUGACCACAACGGUGAAGACACAGGAUCGUGGGAACUGUGUACUCGACAUGGCCAUCGCCAUAGAGAACAACAUCGGCGCGAUAGACGAAGCAAUCGAACAGUUCAAACGCGAGGUCGCAGAAGCUAACGUGUUGAACAGUAAGAACACGGAGAGCUCGAACGUGGACGGCGUUCGGAGAACACUCUCCGGUAGAUUGCGAGCCCAGAAGGUGAAGAACACCGCUAGUUACGAGCUGGCUCAGCAGUACGAGAUCGACGAACGAAACUUCCGACCAAAUCGAUUCCGCAAGCAGAGUGCUAAUGACAGUGAACCGAGCUCAAAGUCUCCCAAGAGUGUUUCCAGUGGUAGGAGACGUGUGUUGAAUAACGCUAGCUACGAGUUAGCCCAACAGUGCGACUACAUAAAAGCUCUUCAGUCCUCUAAAGGUGCUUUCCAGCGAAUGGACGCGUGUGACGAGCUCGAGGAGCCAGUAUCGGGCCGAUCCUCGCAGUUCAAAGUCACCGACUUCGUGCAACAGAUGGGCAGCAACUCGACAUCGAAUCUGAACGUCCACGAACCGUAUAUGGUCACGAGAAAGUAUUCCAAAUCGACAGAGGAUAUUUUCUCGCAAUUCUCAAACGGACCAUUCACCAGGGUCUCGAUCAAUCAGCUGGGCGAACGGUUGAAGAAGCAAGAAGAAGAUUCUCUGUUGAUUCAGGUAAAAAAAAACUCGGAUCCAUUUUCAACCUAUGGAGACGAUCGUAAUGGGCAAUCCGUAGUAGACGACGAGGUAGAUUAUCCCCGCUUGGAAACCAAACCCGUAGGAGCUUUCAGCCUAGAUGGGGGCGUAUCGCGCGAAGAAACAAACGCCCACGAAUCUAAGAAACAAUCCCCUGUAUUUAGACACGAAACUGGGACUUCGGGUGUGACACCGAAGAUCCCUGACACCGAUCAACAGCCCACCAAAAAGGCAAAUUCAUCGAAAAGACCGUACAUCGGUGACUAUUAUCCGGAAAAAAUCGAACGUUUACAGCAACCGGAGGAGUAUCAGGAACGGCUAUCAGAAGUUGAAAGCGACGGAAACAUCGGCAACGAGGAGCGUUCCUCGCCGUGUAACAAGGACGCUGGAGAACGACUCUGGAGGGUCGUGGUGGAAAAGCAGACCGUGGAGAAAGAGGCUUCCGUGAAGAAGGUUACCACGAAGAAGAAGGAAGAAAUGAAUGAGUUGGAGAAGGAGGAGGAGGAGGAAAGAAAAGAGAGAGAGAAAGGGCAGAAGGAGGAGGCAGCGGAAGCAGCGAGGGGACACACUGUCCACGGUGUUCGUUUCCCCCCACCUAGCGGUAGAGGCAAUAGCGACGGCCUGGAAUCCAGUGAACGGAGUGGGAAUCCAGUUGUGGCUGUGGUAGUUGAUACGAAUCAUCGCGGUGAUCACGACAAACGUUACGAGGAGAGCGCGCGGGCAACAACUGCAGAGGUCAGGGUAGAAGACGCGACUAUGUCGGCGCCGGCGACGACCACAAAACGGUCCAGCGUCUCGCCAACGCCGACGAAGGAUCCAUUGAGGUACCAGAGAGGCAUGGUGGUCGAUGCUUCCUCCGCGACUACGGUCAAGGAGGAAAGGAAGAAGGGUGGACUCGGUGGGUUCCUUCAGAGAUUUUCGAGGCUACGGUUCAGUGGUAGAUCAAAAGUGCCGCGGUCGGAGGUGCAGAAAAAAAAUGAAUCGCUCGGUCAUGUGAAUCGCGAGAAGGUGACCGACGGCCAGAGUAAAAAGGAGCCGGAUUAUAUCAUAAUUCCGUUGCAUCCGCCGGAAGAAGAGAGGCAGAAGGAAGAGAAUGUUGUUGCGGAGGCGAACACGGACGUCACCAGGAGGCCCGUCGGGGACGUACAGCGAAGCUCUUCCAACGUUAGCGCAAACGGGAGGGCGCCAGUAUCCAGCAAGCCGCCCCUGCCUCCGCAACCACCCCGCGUCGGGGCGCUGAGCUCGAGACCGUCGACGGGCGCGUCGCCGGCGGCGGCGUCGUCUUCGUCGCGCCGACGCGCGGCCACGGACCUUGGAAAUCCGGCGGCCAUCGAGAUGGCGAGAGCCCGUACGAUGCAGGCCGCCCAGGAGCGUCCGGUCGGCCUGCUCGAGACCGACCUUGACGAGGCCGUGCCGUCGACGACGACCACCGCCUCUACGAACAUCAGUGUCACCGCCGCCGUUACAACCACAACCGGCAAGAAGACCAGGAGCCUGCUCAAUCUGAAUCACACCUCGACCGCCCCGCGGCCCAGGCCGGAGCACGCCCUCCACGUACCCCAGUCGCCCGUCGGCGCUUCCCACAGGAGCCCCCAAGACGACGGCACCGCGUCCACCAUAAACCAACGGCCACACAAAUCCAUGGAGUUCCUCCUCGACAAGGAGAAUCUGCAUUUCGUCAAGCCGCCGGAGAACGAGUUGCAGAAAAUUGGCGAACGCGUACCCAGCGAACACGAACUCAGAGUACAAAGGUCGCUGCAGCGGCUGAACGUCCCGGAUUGGUAUAAGAACUCUCCCGCGGCUCGCGAUGGUUUCCGGUUAAAGAGGCACUCCGACGCGUCUCAGCACGGGGGAUGGCGUGCUCUGGGCUCGAAAACCACUUCCCUCUCGUCCCUAUCGUCGUCUUCCAAUAGACAGCCGACUACAGGUGCCCUUCUAAGUCCAAGCCCGACGCCACCUGUAUUCUCAAGAUGGAGUACCAGUCUGCUGAACAGCGCCGGAAGUUCGCCGGCAAGUUCGGCGAGGUCGUCUUUCAACCAUCGACAACCGUACUUGGGCUGGCGUUCACAGGAACGUUUAACAAAUCCGCGAACACCGGCCGAACGUCUUGCUCAGGGUAUUCUUCCCCAGUUGCAAGCAACAAACAAGGUUUUUAUUUCGUCCCCGCAGCAGCAACAACAACAGCAGACAACGAAUCAGCAGCUAGAAGUAAGGAACUCGAUAAAGGAAGUAACCUCUGCCAUUGUGCACUACGUGCAAAGCGGUCAGGAGGUUGCUGGAGGGGGCAGGCUCUCGCCUCGACCUCGACCUGAAGACUGGGAUGACAGGGGCGGAGCAAGAUCGACCAGCCCCAGAGGGAGCGUGAAGCUGUGUUGGAUGGAGAGCUCGUUCGUUGGCACGAGACCUGUGGACUCGCCGGAGACGCCGAUGAGCCUGGCCACGGAGACCGACUGCUGUCCCGGCUGCAACGCGACGGCCACCGAGUCCUGCAGUUGCGUCGACUCCGCGACAUCCGGUCUGUUCUUGGACCUAACGCCGACCCGCGACGACGGCCAGCAGCAGCAACAACUGGGCGGGGCCAGCAGCCUCUGCCCGUCACCAUCCUUCUCUCUAAAUUAUCACCACCACCAUCCACAUCACCAUCACCGUCAGCUCCAUCAGCAGCAGCAACCGCAGCAACAGCAACGCCCUCACCGCGGAUCAGGCCAGAGCGAUACGGACGAGGCGAUGGCGACGGCAGCUCUUCUGCGGAACAAACCGAGUCCCGGUUCCACGACCCUGGAGGACGUCCUUGACUCCCUCCUCGGGCUGCCAUCCGCGUCGCGUACCCCGAGUCCCGGGCCAGGACCAGUUACGACUGGCGCAUCUGCCACCAUGCGACAUCGAACUAACGUCGGCCAGGCCAACGCGAAAGCCGGGAAGAGCUGCAGCGACCUACGCCAAGACCUCCAAGAGUCCGCUAGGAGCGUGAUGGACGUGCAGGGUGCGACGGAGGAACGUGCCUCGUACUACGUCGGUGAGCUCGUCAGACGGAAAAGCGAGGGCAGCGACACGAUUCCCUCGAAGACGUCGACGAUGCAGUCGAGAGGCGGCCCGUUGCGUCACCGCAGGGUCUCGUUCGACAGCAACCAGGAAGCGAACAGCCUGACAACGGGUAACGCCGCGGAGAAGAUGGUCCGUUGUCGCAACAACAAGUGCAGCAACUCGGCGAUCAUGGUCGAGGCACGGAAGACCUACAAAAGCUGUCACAACUGCACAUGUCUGUACUGUUCAAGGGAAUGCAGAAAGGCUCACUGGCAGCGUCACCGAAGGACCUGUCUGCACUCACGGGCCGGCAGCCUCUGCAAGCAAGUGUUGUCCUCGGCGAAAGAGGAUCCGAUCACGUUGAAGCACAUCUCCGCAUUGGCCAAGCGUGGCCACGCGUUACACGGUCGCGGGGCCGUCAAGUGCUUCUUUUCUAGUCCCGAGGCAGCGGAGAAAUUUAUCGCAAACGGUUUCGUGGAUCUCGGUGAGCCCACUUACAUCCGAUGGUCGGACCUCCUUGCCAGCGAGAUGGGCGCGGAUCUUUACGCCGAGGUGAUCAGACUCUGCAAGUCGUACAACCCGGACACCAGACUGGUGCUCUACGUGGCCGUGUGCGUGGUCAGCGAGGUGCCGACCAAUGGGGCCGUCAGGUGGGAACGGCAGCUGGUGUCUAGGUGUGCGAAAAUUCAUCUGGAUUCAGCCAGCAGGCAUCAUACCUCCUCAUCGUCGGCCUCGCCCCAAGGCAGACAACAAUCCACGUCGCCCUGCAACAUCACCAGGGAAAUGGAGUCACCCGAAAUGCUUGUGCUGACGUCUCUGCCGGGCAGCAAUGGUCAAAACACACCGAAGAGGAUCAGGGAGAUCAGUUUCACGAACAUACAGAGGCAACUGAAGCUCAGGGGCGUCUCCCUCAGAAGGCACUUCCCGCAGGUUUACAGGAAGCUCCGCGCGUAUGUGGAUGGCACCGUGGACAAGUUCGCACCGGUUACCAUCUACCCGCGAGACCAGGCAUCCGGGAAAAGCUUCAUGUGUAUCAUCAUGCUCGACGUGGAACCCGAGCGUCUUCAACUACUUCCGACAGACUCGUCCAGGGUCCGAACGGUCGAUAUCAGCGUCGAGCAAGAAUGA